UUUGCUUCUUCUAAAAACUCACGGUGUCUAUUAAUUUAAUUCAUCAUCAACCGUUAUAUAUAAACAUAUACAUGACACCCAAAUCGGAAAUCUGAAAUCGAUCGAAGAUCUCUGUCGUUUUAUUUGUUUUGUGAUUAAAGAGAGAGUCGUAAUUAUUAAUAUUUAAUCAAUGGCGGAUUGGGGACCGGUGGUGAUUGCGGUGGUGCUGUUUGUGUUGUUAUCGCCGGGACUUUUGUUGCAGAUACCGGGGAAGAACAGAGUGGUGGAGUUCGGGAAUAUGCAGACAAGUGGACUCUCGAUACUUGUUCAUACUAUCAUCUAUUUCGGUCUCGUUACCAUUUUCCUUAUCGCCAUCGGCGUUCACAUCUACACCGGUUAAUUACCUUUAGGCUUUAGCUUUGGCUAUCCUAUCUAUCUAUCUAUCUGCAAACACACAUACAUAUAUGGUUGGUUUCGUUGUUUCUUUGGUUCUUUCGUUUUUUAUUUGUUUUUGAAUAUUUAUGUACGAAUUAUGUUUGAAUUGGUGGUUGAUCAUUUCAUUUAAUUAAGAGUAUGAUUGUGCAAGGAGAGGAAGUGUUUGUAGUUUGUAAUAAUUAAUGUAGGUGAAAUUGGUAAAUGUGAAUUGAACUACAGUUGCUGAUA